CUCCCCACCCAGCGCCUUUUGUCUCGUAGCGUCUGGGUGGCGGCGGCGCAGGACAGCGGACCCCUCGCUUUCCGCUUCCGGCGUGCGCCGGGCGCUCUCUGGUGGCGGUUUGGCGUUUUCCCGCCUUUUCCUCCCCCUCCUCCUCCCCUUCACCGACCAGGCAGGGAAAGGGAGCUGCGUGCUUUAGUUGAGGAUGGAGAAAGAGGCGGCGGCGUCUGGCGCCGGCCUACCUGGCGACGAGGGCGAAGAAGGCGAGAGGAGCGCGGAGGAGCCCGUGGUGUCGCUAGCCGAGGUGCUGGCCGAGAGCGAGGAGCUCGAGAAGGAGGCGCGCGCCGUGCUGGGCGGGAGCGACCACGAGCGCUGCAGCUACUCUCAGGGAGCUGUAAAGAGGCAAGCCUUGUAUGCCUGCAGUACGUGCACGCCGCCAGGAGAAGAACCAGCAGGGAUCUGUCUAGCAUGCAGUUAUGAAUGUCAUGGCACCCACAAGUUAUUUGAGCUGUAUACAAAAAGAAACUUCCGCUGUGAUUGUGGAAACAGCAAAUUCAAAAAUUUGCAAUGCAAACUAUUUCCAGAGAAGGCAAUGGUGAAUCCAGCAAAUAAAUAUAACGAUAACUUCUUUGGAUUAUAUUGUGUUUGUAAAAGACCUUACCCAGAUCCUGAUGAUGAGAUUCCAGAUGAAAUGAUCCAGUGCAUAGUUUGUGAAGACUGGUUUCAUGGAAGGCAUCUUGGUGCAAUCCCUCCAGAUAGUGGGGACUUUCACGAGAUGGUGUGUCAGGCUUGCAUGGAUCGUUGCCCUUUCCUGUGGGCAUAUGCCUCACAGAUAGCAGUUCACACUGUGACCAAAGUUACUCCUGCAGCUGAAGAUCAAGUUGUGUUGAAUGUUGAAGAAACUGAAGAAAUAAAAAAAGAAAAUGGUAUAGAUAAUCAAAUAAAGACCGAAGAAGAAAAAGCAGCACACAAUAAUGAGCCAUCCACCAGCUCUGCCUCCGAGUGUUCUGAGCAGACAGUUAAGAAAGAAGAAUCCACCUGCAGAUUCCAAGAACUUAAAGCCAAGCAGUACGUACAGAAGAACAGGGCCACCUUUUGGCCACACAACUGGCGAAGCAAAUUGUGCACCUGCAAAGAAUGUAUGAAAAUGUAUUGUGACCUGGAAGUCCCAUUUCUAACAGAGGAAUGUGAUACAGUCUUAGCCUAUGAGAAUAAAGGGACAAGUGACCAGGAAGCAGACAGAAGAGAUCCUCUAAUGGACACACUUAGCAGCAUGAAUAGAGUCCAGCAGGUGGAGCUAAUCAGUGAAUACAAUGACUUGAAAACAGAACUGACAGACUAUUUGAGAAGAUUUGCGAAUGACGGAACAGUUGUUAAGAGAGAAGACAUUCAGCAGUUUUUUGAAGAAUUUCAGUCUCGGAAGAGGAGGAGAACAGACCGGAUGCAGUACUACUGUAGCUAGACUGGCCAGGAAAUCGAAGGACAAGUUUUUUGCUACCCCUUUUCAUUCUUCCCUCCCUUCUGAUUUAAUUCAACUACCUGUUCAUCUUGCCUUUUGUCCUAUAAGGCAAUGCUUGCUGCUUUACAGCUUAAACAUGUGCUCUAAUUUCAUGGCAGCUGUGCUGAAAAUUAACAAGAUCAUGGUUUCAUAAAAAUGCCAAUUAAUUUGCGUUGACGGAAUUGGGGAUGGGUUUAGUGUCCAAAGGUAUAUACUUAGAAAAAGAUUAACAAGCCUUCUAAACAGCUGUAGGUGAUGAAUGAUUCUUCAGUUGGUUAAAAGAAAAACCUAGAUCACUGACUGAAGUUUACAGAACAAUGUUUUUAAUCAGGGUACCCCUUUUUCAUGCAGAUCUGUUUUUAAAAUAAGAAUUCAUACCUGUUCAAUUUAAGUAUACUCUCUUACUAAUUUCUAGUACAAAUCAUGUUCUGUAGACAUUUUGCUUGUUUAAGAGAGUGAAUACAGGAUCAGAAUGGAUUAAUGAACCUCUCAUUGAAUGAAGUACAAAUUCUAGCUAAACUUUGAAAUGAACAGACUGACACAUGAAAAUUCUAGAUAAUAUUUCCUUGAUAACUCCUGUAUAGCAGCUUUUUACAAUGAAAUUACUGUAAAUGUUAAUUUCCUGCCCCCACAGAAUGUAAAUACAUUGGUUGCUGCAGGAUGCUACUAGGUUAUCAUUGUACUUUUUAGACUGCAAGGAAUCUCUGGUUUGGAAGCUUAUAUAAUGUAAUUGUUCUAGUUUGUAUAUGUUUCAGAGGGGUAGCCUACAAAGGUAUUUACCCACCUGUAAAAUAAUGAACUUGUGAUCUUUUUGUAAUUUUAGAUAAUAAAACCAAGGCAAGAAUAUUGUAAAUAAUGUUAAAACCAAUGUUCAGAAGCAGUUUUCUUAUUAGUGCUCAACUUAAUGAUCUAAUUAUUCAAGCAAAUCUUAAAUGUGUGUAUUCAGAACCCUUAAAGCGAUGUCUUCUUCUGCCACCAUUUGGUUUUUUUAAUCUCAAUAAAGCAGUUGGUUGUCAUUA